UGACCUUUUUCUUGCUGCCGGAGUUGAAGGAGGAGGGAAGAAGCAGAGAGUGGCCAGGGCUGCCCAGAGCCCCCGCGACCCUGGAAGGGGAGGCUGCUGGUCUCGUCCGCACCACGAAGCCUGUCCCGCUGGAGGCCGGGGCGCAUCUGUAGCAAGAGAAGGCAGGGCCAGAGCCAGGGGAGGAAGCGUGGGCUGGGUGCGAAGGGGCGGGUGGGAAGCAGAGAGAAAAAGCAAGAGAUCAAGGGGUCCUUUCUUGGGCUAGUUUUGCCCAGGAGGCGUCUGAGACAGGCAAGGAUGGAGAGAGGGCCAUGGAGGCUGCCUGAGGUCUCUGUCUUCUUGCCCUGAAGAACAAACUCCAGCUCUGCUUCUGACCAAACGCCUGUCCAAGGGCACUUGCAGGGAAGGGCAGGAGAGCACCUUGCAACUGAGAGAAGAACAUGCCCUUGCAGUCCCAUCUCACUCUCCCUGGCCAACUUUAAAAGUUUUCCUUUCUUGUUUGCUAAGCUGAGAGAUUCAUUGGUAGCGCCAGACAAGGCUGCAUGGAAGUGUGGAAUAUCUAGUUCCUCAGAGUCCUUGGGGUCAGUGUUCCCUCCUCACUGCAGCCUCUUUGCUUCCACCAGAGAAGACCCAAAGGGUGGCAAAGCCAUGCAACCGGGCAUUCUACAUGCCAUCCUUCCACUCAUGGAGAACCAGUCUGGCUAACUAGGACAGAAGGGGUGAAGAGGAGAGAGAGGAAAAGAGAAAAAAGUGAAAGUUCCUAGCCGGUUGGUUUUGUCCAGCACCAUGAGUGGCGGAAGAUUUGAUUUUGAUGACGGAGGGGCGUAUUGUGGGGGCUGGGAAGGGGGCAAAGCCCACGGACAUGGCAUCUGCACCGGGCCGAAAGGUCAAGGGGAAUACUCCGGCUCUUGGAACUAUGGCUUUGAAGUGGUGGGCGUCUACACCUGGCCCAGCGGCAACACCUACGAAGGCUACUGGUCUCAAGGCAAGAGGCAUGGCUUAGGGAUCGAGACCAAAGGACGGUGGCUUUACAAAGGUGAAUGGACACAUGGCUUUAAGGGAAGGUAUGGGAUAAGGCAGAACGUCAGCAGUGGAGCAAAGUAUGAAGGCACCUGGAACAAUGGACUACAGGACGGUUAUGGUACAGAAACCUACGCGGAUGGAGGUACUUACCAAGGUCAGUUCACCAAUGGCAUGCGGCAUGGUUAUGGCGUCCGCCAGAGUGUCCCAUAUGGCAUUGCAGCUGUUGUGCGCAACCCUCUAAGGACCUCCCUCACCUCUCUCCGUAGUGAGCACAGCAACGGCACCCUGCUGCAACAUGACUCCCCAACUGCCAACCUGGAAAAUCUUCCCAUGACACCGACUAUCACACGGGGAGGCUUUGCGCUCAGCUUGUACGCAGAUGCAGAUGCUGCCAAACUGAAGAAGGGAGGGCUCUUCCGUCGGAGCUCCUUGUUUGGGAAGCUGAAGAAAGCUGACUCCAAGACUUCCUUGACCAGCCAGAGGAGUCGGCUCAGCUUCCUCAAGAGCGAGAGUGGCAUGAGCUCCACUGGUAGUGAUGCUACUUCUACUGCCAGCCUGGGAGAAGGAGCAGAGGGAGAGGACUUUGCACCAUUUGAUGCCGAUAUUGAUGCCACCACCACAGAGUCCUACAUGGGCGAGUGGAAGAAUGACAAGCGCUCGGGGUUUGGUGUUAGCGAGCGGUCGAGUGGGCUGAAGUAUGAGGGCGAAUGGCUGGAUAACGUACGGCAUGGAUAUGGUUGCACCACGUUGCCUGAUGGUAAGAAGGAAGAAGGGAAAUACCGAAUGAAUGUCCUGAUCAAAGGCAUGAAGAAGCGGGUGAUACCUCUGAAAAGUGCCAAGAUAAGGCAGAAAGUGGACCGGAGCGUGGAAGGGGCUCAGAGGGCAGCAGCCAUUGCCAGACAGAAAUCUGAAAUUGCAGCUUCUAGGACUGCCCACGCCAAAGCCAAGUCGGAAGGUGCCGAACAAGCAGCAUUGGCAGCUAAUAAUGAAUCCACAUUAGCCAGGUCGAUGGCCAGGGAACUAUCUCCAGACUUCUACCAACCAGGUCCUGAAUACUUGAAGAGGAGGCUGUUCCAGGAACUCUUGGAGAAUGAAGAGAAUUUGGAAGAAGAGGCCCCGCCUAUGGAAGAACCACUUCCACCAGCAUCUCCAGAAGGUCCUCAAGUUGAUAAGCAAGAUUCCACCAAAUCCAAGGAGAGUACAGCUCAAACUCCUUCACCACAUGGAACACCACCUCAGGCUAAGCGUGUUAAGCAAGGUUCCCAGAAAGAGAGUUUUCGUAGUCCUGGGAGCUGGAAUGGAGAUCAUGGUAAGGAAAGAAGUCACACAGGAAGUAGGCCCAACACUCCGUCUAAUGCUCUAUCAGCACCAGUAGAGAAGUCAGCAAGUGACCUCAGGCCUGCUUCCCAAAGUCCCAGCCGACAUGGCCACACGAAGUCUCCUACUGAGCAAAUGGAGAUCAAGCCUCUUCAGAGGAUACACCAAGGAGGUGAUGUUGAAUUAAUUAAGGGCUAUCACAGUUAUGCUGUGAGAACCUCCCCAGUUACUCCCCCGAUAGACUAUGAGGAAGAAUCAUUCCCAGACUCCAAAUUGCCAGUCGAGCCAGUUUCCCCAGAGCCAAAGGCUGAUGUGAAGGCCACUGAACAAAAAAUGGAGCCGCAAAAGAGGGAAGAUACCCCUGUCUCUCAUCAUGAACCAGCACAUGAAGAGAAAAAAGCACACAAAGCAGAACCCAAGCAUGAACCCAGGCAGCUUCCUCCACCUGAGCACAAAGUAGAAGAGAAAGCAGAAGCUGCAACUGAAGGCAAACCUGAGCAGAAAACUGAAACUAAAGUGGUGGCUAAAGUCGAGCCCAAAGCAGUGAUGAAAAAGGUUCCUCCACCAGAAGCAGCAACAAAAGAGGCGGAAGAACAUGAAGAGGGACCUAACACCAUCAUUAUCUUCAUGGUUAUCUUAUUGAACGUUGGCCUGUCCAUCUUAUUUGUGCAUUUUCUGACAUGAUGAGAUGCUAAAACAAGAAGUUUCUGCUGAUAAACCUUAUCAGGGGGAUAAUAACAUCUAAUGAAAACCAUCAGAAAAGAACAUGACUUCGAAGAGCCCAGUGGUUUCCCCAGUCAUGGGUGAUCUCUUCUGUCUACAUGAAAAAAUCUGAAGUUUUGGAGUACCCCCUCUUUACCCCAGUUUUUGUGAACAGGAAUUGCCUUAAAGUUUCAUAACUUUGGAGAAUAAAGUGCUGCUGUUUGAAGAAACAAGAACCCACUGAUAAUUGUACAAACUCUAAUGAAUACCCCAGGCUUUUAUGGGAGAUUCAUUUAUACCGAAAUCGUGAAAGAACACUACAAUUCUAAAUCUUACAACCAUCAAGAAUAAUGGUAAUAGCUGUGGAUUUAACUUCCCCAUCUAAGGCAAGGUUAUGAUGAAUCAAAUGUUAGGAACAGUCAGGCUGUUUCACCUGCAGUUAGAUUAUUCUAGUUAGAAGUUCAAGCUCUAAAGCAGUCAACACUUCAUAUUCCAUUCUUGAAUGUAAGUAAAUCUACAAAAGAGUGGGGGGGGGGGAAGAUGACCCCCAUAUUCUUCUAUCAUGAAUUGCAUUGUUAGGGUUCUUGAUUGUGACCUGAUUGCAAGUAGUCCCCACAGGUGGAUCUUUUGCAAUACUGUCCAGGAGAAUAAAUCUAUCUUCUCCAAGGAUUUUUUCCCUAAGUGGUUGCAUUGGGGACUGCAUAUGUAUCAGGCAAUGAAGUUUGUACUUGUUUCAUAGUUGAGCAGUGCCUUGGAAACAGUGCCUUGCUGCAGGUAUCUGCAAACAUUACGACCCAAAAGCCAGACUCACAGUAAGAUCCACUUCAUGCAUUCUGCUUUUUUUCUGGGCAUUGUGAAGCACAGAGGAUUUGCUGUGAGCAUAACCUUAGAAAUCUAAUACAUCAGCCCUGAAUGUGUUUGGAUAUCUUUUCAUUUCCUUUUUUGAACAAGCUAUGGAUUUUUGAGACAGUGUCAAAAGUUUUUUAAGUGCCUUAUUUAAAAAUAACUGUGAAGUUUAAUGUAUACUAACACUGCCCAUCAAUGGCUGGUUAAAAAUGAAAAACUGAAAGGUAGAAAAUUAGUUGGUUUGAAAAAUAGACUCCAAAUGUAAAUUCCAAAAGACUUAGAAAUGUGGUGCCACAGAUACAAAGUAGGUAAACUCAAGAGUAGUGUUUUUGGAUCAGAUUAUCUACAACAGGUACUGAAUACAUUUUAGAAAACAGGAGGGAUGCUAUUUUGUGCCUUUCUAUUUUCUUUUUAUUUGAAAACAAAUCUUAUAACCAAAUUGUGUUGUAAACUGGAGAGAGAGGGCUAUUUGACUUUUGCUCAGAAACCCUGUGUUGGAGCAGUCCUCUAGGGAAAAAAACCCAUGUACUGUAUUUGCAGAAUGCCCACAACACAUGGGGGUGAUAGGAAAAGUUUGGGGGUUGUUUUUAUAUUUCUCCUCUUCUGAGUAUAUGUGUAACACCAUGACUGUUACUUGCUUAUGAAAUUCAUUUGCCUUCCUGGCUCUCUGGCUGCCAGGUAUACAAUGCAAUUGCUUUAUUAACUGUGUAUGUAAUUUGCUUUUCUUUGAGCGACCUAAGUGGCCUUUAUUUAACUUGAAGCACAUUUUGGAAACUGAUCAGAAAGUCUCCUUCUGCCACCCACAAUCUUCAUCCAUAUAAAUAGUAUGUGCCCUCCUUGUUGUGCUUUGCUCCUUGCAAUGUGAUGGGAAAGGUAGGUAGAUGUGCUUCAUGUGAUAUAUAUACAUAGACCAGCAUGUAGAGGGCUCAAAGGUGUACCCAAGGGCUUACAUGUAGCCAGUGCAAUUUUUUUGUGGAGAAAUAUAUUUUCAAACAUGUCAGAAGACAAACUGCUUUUGAAAUGUGCCACUUUCAAAUGCAGCUUGCCAUUUAAGUAUGUAGACAGUAACUGUGAUUCAAACAAAUCAAAACCCUCAUUUAGCAUGAACAGUUUGGACAAUUCUUUGGAUCUUAACUGUAUGUAUUGUAUGUAUAUAUAUAUUUAUGUAUGUCACUCUGUCUUCAAAAGAGGGAGAGAGAAUAGAACAACUCUUAAGGCUUGUGCAUGCAUUUGGUCACUAUGGCAUGCUGUAACUCCCGUGUUUACAUAUAGGUAGCCCACAAGCCUACCUCCAGGAAGUAACUAAAAGGGUUUUAGUUAAGCAGGAGCAGAUCAUCUUUUAUGUGCAGCUCCCAAGCAUUUUUGUAUUCCCUGCCUUUUAUUUUUAGAAACCUAAGAACCUCAGACUUCCUUGCUUUUUUUUUUUUUUUUAAAAAAAGGUAAUGGUUUAACCCUCAUUCUUUCAAAGAUGAGUUUGAAUAUGGCAACAAAAUGCACAAACAAAAUGCCUCACAUCCAGAGUUCCAUAUAAGCUCUUGUACACCCAAGAAGCUUCUGUGUGAGUUUUUCCAUUCACUUUAGUUGAAGGGACACCUCUUUACAUGCCUUUGUGAUCUGUCUCCUCGUUUAAAUGUAAAUGGAAGGGUCUUGCAAGUGGAGGAGCUUCAUAUGUGCUUGGUUGCAUGUGAUGGGCAUCCUUUAUCCAGAAUUCCAAAAUAUAGGCAGCCAUCCACACCCACAAGACCACAGAGAAAGUAAAAAAAACGAAUAAAGAAAUUGCUAAAAAUUUUACAUGCGAAAGCACCUCUCUAGCAAUUUCUAGAUCUUCUACCACAACUGUAUGGUCGACUUUCUCUGGAAGCUAACCAUAGAGUUGCCCCGGACAACCUAGAGUUUCCCAGAGAGAACAUUUUAAAUCAAAUCUAUGAAUAAUCAAAUCCACAAAAGUCAAAUCUGCAAGCGUAGAGGGACCACUGUUCUCCAAAAUUCACAGUUGUCUGCACAAGAAGCUAAGACACCUUUAAUUUCAGAUAGUUCAGUACAUAAAAUCAUUACAAAUAUUGUUUAAGAUUACUUUCCAACUACAAUAUAUGUAUAAAGUGUAUAUGAAACAUAAAUGGAUUCCAUACUUAGAUUUAGGUCCCAUCUCUACGAUAUCUCAUUAUGUAUGUAUAUACAAAUUCAGGUUGUCCAACAUGUGAUAUCAAAAUCACUUCUGGCCCCAAGUAUUUUGGAUAAGAGAUGCUCAGCCUUCGCCUAUGUUCCCAGGAAGCCAGUGAGUCAGGGGCAAAUGUGUGCACAAGCCUUGUGGGAUUUUGGUUCCUAAGUUGUGCAGGGACAGGUUUACCUCAAGUUUGCAUGCCUUCAAAAUAGUAUUUUGUUGUUAAUUUUUAUCCAGGUCUUACAAAAUUACAAAUGCAUCACCACCAGCAACACACUUUAAUUGCACGUUUUAAAAAUAAAAUGUGUAUGACAAUUUGUGUAACAUUCUCCAGGAAUGUCCACCAGUUUUUCUGCUGGAUUAUGUGCAAUAAUAAAAGCUUAUUUUACCCACCUUA